CCGUAGGCCGUGAAGAGGUAUUUCCAGAAUUGUGAGAGGAAGCGAGGAUCACGGUCACUGAUGAUGUUCCCGGGGAGGCCGUGAUGGCGAGCAACAUGGUCGAAGAAGAGUGUGGCGACGUCUUUGGCAUUGUGCGAGGUCGUGCAAGGGAUGAAGUGGGCACGUUUGGUGAAGCGGCAUACAAUAACGUGGAUGCAAUCAUGUCCGCGGUCGGUCUUGGGGAGGCCGCACAUGAAGUCCAUGGGGAUGGACUGCCACCGGAUGGAGGAGACGAUGGURUUGUCAGUGCGGAUGGUGAAGUAUUGCCCGUCGAGGUACGGGCGCCAGACUGUGAGGGCGUGAAUCACGGCGAGGAGUUCCUUCUCGCUGGAGAGGUAAUUCAUCUCCGGGGGAAGGAGCUUCUUGCUUGCGAAGGCGAUAGGGUAUUCGCCAGGUGGAGCCUCGGGGUGAGUGGGCAAGUCCUUGAUGGAGGGGGUAUCGGCGGUGUGGCGGGGGAAAUGUUGGGACAGUACGGCUCCGAUGGUGAAGUCGGAGGCGUCAGUGGUGACAUAGAAAUGGCGAGUGGGGUCGGCGAUCUUGAGGACAGGGGCCGUGGUGAUGGUUUGCUUGACGGAGACAAUAUGGCCGAGGUAUUCGACGCUCGAAGCGGCAAACGUACAUGUGUUGAGCUUGGCGUAAAAUUUUUGCUCUCGGAGGAUCGCGAGGACUUGGCGGAGGUGCUGAAGGUGGGACUCGAAGGUGGGGCUGAAGACAAGGAUGUCAUCAAGGUAGACAACGACACAGACUUCGAGGAGGUUGCGGAAGAUGUGGUUCAUGGUGGAUUGGAAGGUAGCGGGGGCAUUGGUGAGUCCGAAUGGCAUCACGAGGAACUCUUAGUGCCCGAACCGAGAGCAGAAGGCGGUCUUGUGGGUGUCCUCCUCGUGGAUACGGAUCUGGUGGAAGCCACCACGAAGGUCGAUCUUGGUAAAGUACUUGGCUCGACGGAGACGAUCAAGGAGCUCAGAAAUCCGAGGUACGGGGCACUUGUUCUUGAUCGUGAUCCGGUUCAAGGCGCGGUAGUCUGUGCACAUGCGGAGUUCCGAAGUUCCACCUUUCUUGACGAAAAGGCAGCUGAGAGUUGGUAUGGAGGGCGGCAAGGUGGAGAAUGUCCGGGUUCCAAAUCGAUGGUAUGCGAUACGCCACGAUCCGGAGGUAGUCCGGCGGGUAAGGACUCGGGAAAGACGUCCCUGAAUUCGUCGAGGACUGAAGUGAUGGCGGGGUUGGAGGGCGGGGGCUUGAUCGGGUUUGUCCGUCGGGAUGAUGGAGGUGGUGUCUUCGGGGGUGAUGUGGUGGAAAAAGCGGGUGCGGGAGGUGCCGGGGGGGGCCUGGUGGUGGGGGUGGAGGAGUCGAUCGUGGUGGAGCAUGCGAGAGAGGAGGUCAGCAAGGGGCAUGUCGGGUUCGUGGGCGACGGUGGUUGCAAGGUCUUUGUGGCAUACUCGUUUAGUGUGGGAGAUGAACGCACAGUCGGGAAUGACGGUAUGGGGAAGGUGGUGUCGGAGGGAGCGGACGUAUUGGACGAAGCGUUCCGUGGGACCGGUCUGGCGGAGGUGGCAGAAUUGUUCAAGGUAGUCGUCAAUGGUUUUCUGGGGGCGGAAGGUGGCAGUGAGGAGGGUGGCCCAUUGGAGGAAGGUGUGGCGUGGUCCUCCGGAGGCUCGGCGGUUGCUAGCUUCAGCCAUCCACCAUUUGGCUGCAUUGCCGAGGAGGCGGGAGGUGGCAGCGGUGUGCUGGAUGCGCCGGAUGAGGGAGGAGGUGGAGGGAACGGAACGAUGGUGGGGAUUGAAGGGUUGGUGGAUAUGGCGGUAGAGGUGGUAGGAGUGGAGGAGGUCGGCGGGGGGGUGUUGCUAGAGGCGGUUGUGGAGGAGGGAGUGGUUUGCGUUGUGGGGGUUGGAGUGGUUUGCACUGUGGAGGUUGGAGUAGUUUGCACUGUGGGGGUUGGAGUGGUUUGUGCGGCGGUGACGACCGUGAUGGAGGGGGUGGUCCCUUCAAGCGUGGUGACGCGGUCGCAUAUGGACGACAUGUUGACCUUCAUGUCGUCGAGAGAGGCGGUGACGGAGGUUUCGAGGGUGUUGAGUGCGUGGAGGAUGGCGGAGAGGUCGAGGGUGGUGGUGUUUGCUGGUGGUUGUUCGCCUGCGAGGUUGCGGGCGAUGCUAUCAACUGAGUCGGUGCGGAUGUCGGACAUGUUGAUGGAGGAUGCGGCCAUGUCGGGGGAAGAGGGGGUGGAGGACGUAGCCUGAGCGGGUGUGGAGGAUGCAGCAGCAGCGGUGGCGGCGGCGUCGAAGGCGGCGCGUUGGGAUAUCUUGGUUUGGCGUGGUGGCAUGUGUAGGGGGGGGGGGGAUCCCUUAUUUAGUUAUUAAUAAAUUAAAAAAUAAAGAUAAUCCCCAAGUUUUUUUUUUUUUAAAUAAACGCUGAACAGAAAG